AUGUCGAUUCGAAGGCUGGUCCAGGCUCUUGCAAACGCCCUGCAGAGGAAGACUUGGACUGACGAUGACCUGGACGACAGUGACUUGGACGACGGAGCCAAGGAGAGUGAUGAUCAAGUCCCCGGCAGACGCCCUUUUGAAGCACCGGUUCGUCUUCAGGCACUAGCUGAAGCUUUGAAGACGAACACCUCCGUGACAAGCAUCGACCUGUUCAACAAUUCCAUCGGCGAUGAGGGGGUGAAGGCACUAGCUGAAGCUUUGAAGAAGAACACUUCCGUGACAAGCAUUGAAUUGUGGGGCAAUUCCAUCGGCAGUGUUGAGGGCGCGAAGGCACUAGCUGAAGCUUUGAAGAAGAACACUUCCGUGACAAGCAUCAAGCUGGGUGCCAAUUCCAUCGGCGAUGAGGGAGCACAGGCACUGGCUGAAGCUUUGAAGACGAACGUUUCCGUGACAAGCAUUGACCUGGUUCACAAUUCCAUCGGCGAUGAGGGAGUGAAGGCACUAGCUGAAGCUUUGAAGAAGAACACUUCCGUGACAAGCAUCGACCUGGCUGGCAAUUCCAUCGGCGCUGAGGGAGCACAGGCACUGGCUGAAGCUUUGAUGACGAACACUUCCGUGAAAGGAAUCGCCCUGUCUGACAAUUCCAUUGGCGCUGAGGGAGUGAAGGCACUAGCUGAAGCUUUGAAGAAGAACACUUCCAUGACAAGAAUCGACCUGGGUCGCAAUUCCAUCGGCGAUGAAGGAGUGAAGGCACUGGCUGAAGCUUUGAUGACGAACACUUCCGUGACAGGAAUCGCCCUGUCUGACAAUUCCAUUGGCGCUGAGGGAGUGAAGGCACUGGCUGAAGCUUUGAAGACGAACAUUUCCGUGACAAGCAUCAAUUUGUUCAACAAUUCCAUCGGCGUUGAGGGAGUGAAGGCACUGGCUGAAGCUUUGAAGAAGAACACUUCCGUGACAAGCAUCGGCCUGUCUGCCAAUUCCAUUGGCGCUGAGGGAAUGAAGGCACUGGCUGAAGCUUUGAAGACGAACACUUCCGUGACAAGCAUCAAACUGCAAUGCAAUUCCAUCGGCGAUGAAGGAGUGAAGGCCUUAAAGCAAGUGAUCGAGGAAAAGAAGAAGAUGGGUUUCGAGCUCGACAUUGAAUUCUAUAGAGAUCUCAGCUGA